GCCUUCUUCUCUUGAGUUGCAUUCAAACUUGGAUUCAUGACAUUUGCUCUGCUGUGAAUUCCACACACUUAUGGAAUCGCCAACUUCAACCUGGGAUUUAAUACUGCCCUAUCUUAAACCUAGAAUAAAUCCCUAUAUCUUUUAAGAAAUUAAGCCCGGAGCAAUGAACACAAUUGUGUCACCUUCAAACUCAUCUUUUUCUGAAACAGGCUCCAGCACUUACCCAGGAGUUUAUUUGCAUAAUCGUGUUUUAGCUUCAUGUUCUGUAAUGUUCAUCUUAUUUCACCUCCAUACAGACCUGGCUGUUUUUAAAUAUCUACCUUUCUACAUUGUACCUUCCACCUUUAUAUUUGAAAAAUAUUUAUCUUCACAUGUCAGCCUUUGAAAUAAGAUGCCUGUCGAUCUCCCAACGUUGCAUAAACAGAUAACUUCAUUGAGAAGAGCACUACAAGGAGAGUCAAAGUCCCAUCCCGUACCGGAGGCAGAACUCUUGAAGUGAAUGUGAACUGCCCUCCUUGCAAAUCCAAUACUGACCUGUUAACAUCAUGCUAUCACUUACCUCCUUAUCAGUCAGUCUGCAACCGCACGUUUUUUCGAGUAAUUAUCAGCUGAUGCACUUGCAAACCCAAGUGUCUGCAGAUGUGAUUUCAUUAUUCUUUUGAGAUAUUGACUCAAGUCUAAGUUGUGAAUAUUAUUUAUUAUCCAACCUUUUACGUUGGAAGUGGAAAUAUUUCUCUCUUUACUUGAAGGAUGUGAUGACAAUGUUUGUCCACCCAAGAAAUAUGAGGAAUAUAAUCCUAUUUUUGCUUACUUUUCUGGCCUUUAUUGCCUCAGGAUUUGGAGGGAGAUUCAUUCACACGUGUGAUGGAUCUUAUAAUCUAGCAUGUGAAUACAGAUACCAUUACGAUGGCCAGGUUCUCACAGGGCUAGACGGAACAGAGACUAAUGACUACUCCGGUCUUAAGAUUUCUGCUGACAUCAAGCUCACACCACGUCCUGGAGAGCACGUAGUUAUGCAGAUGAACAGUAUAUCAAUAACGAGAUUACAGGAUGAAGUCAACAAUCCUCUACAGCUUCAAGAUCCUGCUUUGUUCCUACCUGUAGAGGGCGCCGAGGCCCAACGUCUCAAGGAAGAGUUACGCCAGCAAACAGACUUCUCAUAUGACAUGGGCCAGGUUGAUGUCAUUUUCCAUCAAAAAGACGAGUCGCUGACUUCGGUGAACAUCAAACGGUCCAUCAUAUCUCUCCUUGUCCUUGAUCUGAAGGGCGAGUCGGAUCCAGAUUCUACGUUAACCGAACAAGGCCAGAAGACACUCUACACUGUUAUGGAGGCCGGGGUUGCAGGGGAAUGUGAGACUGUAUACAAUGUGAAGCCUUAUGAUGUGGAGGCCAAGCUCUUGACCAAUGAUAUAUUACAAAGUGGUCAGUACAGACUCAACGUCACCAAAACCCUUAACUUCAACAAGUGCCGUGAAAGACCAGUGCAGCAGGGUGCGUUCCUUCUGAGUGGGUUUUCAUCAGAUCCAAGACUGAAUGCAACGCAGAACCUGGUAGAUUCCACCAGGGAGGUGUCAUAUUCUGUAACGGGUGAUCGCAAGGGAUUCUUGAUCGACUCUGUUACCAGCCAUGAGACUCACUCGGUUAGACCUUUUGGUGUUGAUGGACCAAGCUUCUCUACUUAUAUAAGGCAAGAUCUGCAGCACACUCGAUCCAAGGUAGUUAAGAAUGCGGACAAUAGGGUUCCACCUUUGACGGCUUCUGAGCGGCUUUUUCCUAGACUUGUCUUUAAGUUUCCAUCAAGUGAUACGACUGAAUUCACUAACCAAGAGCUCGUGCAAGUCUCCAAUGUGAUCGCCACCCUUGUCCAGGGCAUUGUUGAUGGCCUCGGAACAGAAUUUAUUUCCAAUGACAUUCCUGGAAAGUUUGCUGACUUGGUAGAAAUCUUACGCAAGACGCCUUCUUCCAAACUCUCAGAGUUAAUUAGCUUCGAUACCCAGAUGAGGGAAGAACAUGAUAGGCAGAGGAAAGUGAUUGAGGAUGUCCUACCACUUCUUGGCACGGAGCAGUCCGUAGCGAUCAUCAAGCAGAAGCUAGCCAAUGGUGAGCUUAGUGGUGAGAGAGCAUCUCAGAUUGUCAGCAUGUUAGGAUUCCAUACAACCUUUGAAAAGUCCUUCUUGGAUAGUGUAAAGGAUCUGUGUGAGAGCACCAGUAAGCAUGAAUGUUGGCUGGCCUAUGGUUCACUUCUCAACAAGGCCUGUGGAGAAGGGAAUAGCCAAACGUGGUCAUGUGAUGGUAGUGUGCUCACAAGCUAUGCAAAGCCUCUUUACAAUGGGACAAGUGCCAUGUUUCCUAUAUCUAAACGACGCACUUUCCUCAAGGCUCUAGGCAACGCUGGACUCAAUGGUCAAGCUCAGUAUCUCAAGGAUUUAAUCAACGAUCCAAAUGCUCGAUGUGAGCUGAGAUGCCAGGCUCUCUACUCUCUCAGGAAACUCACAGGGACCACCUCAAGGAAAUAUGUCAUCCAACUGUCCCUAUCCGUCUUCACCAACAAGGAGAACAGUGCUGAGGUGCGGAUCGCUGCCUUCGUUUUGCUUAUGGAUGCUAGACCCGAUGCCACCGUCAUGAUGAUUGUAAUGAACAGUCUGGAAUCCGAGACUAGCGCUCAGGUCUCGAGUUUUGUGUUGUCUCAUUUUGAAGCCUUGAGCGACCCCAGCAUGCAAGUCCCAAGUAAUGUUUCAAACCUUGCUAGGACCCUCUUGAAUGAAGCUCCUUCAACCGACUAUGGCAUUCAAUACUCUAAGAGUUACAAGAUGGGCUUUGAGUCAGUGGAAGAUGAACUUGGAGUUUUUGCCAACUUGAAGUACAUCAUGGAUGAAGAAUCACCAUUUACCUCUGGCAUGGCAGCCAAACUGAAUGCUCAUCUGAUGGGAUUUAGUCUUAAUCCUCUGGAGAUUGGAUUCAAGACGGAAGGGUUAAGAAUACUAAAAAAGAUCUUCAUGGGCGAAAGAAUGAGAGAGAAUAUUGAUCCAUUCCUCGAGGACAUAGAUGAACAGCUCAACAUGGUGUUCCGUGGAGAUUAUGAUCCUUUGGUUAGUCUCUACAUGAAAGCUUUUGGAAGGGAGAUCAGAGGAAUGAAUAUUGACAAGAGUUCUAUUUCAUUCAUGAACCGAGGGAGCUCUUUCAUCAGGCUUCAAGAACUGAUGACCCAACCCCACAUCUCUUAUCAGAAGGCCAUGUCCCUAAGUGAAGGACACCUAUGUGUCCCAACCUCCUUUGGUGUCCCGUUGACCUUGAAACUCUCCAGCUCUGCCGUCGCAGCUCUUGAUGGGUCCGGAACCAUCACUCUGGAUCCUCCACUUGAAGACCUCGUCCCCAACAUCCGUUUGCCAAAUGCAGUCAGUAUUGAAGGAUUUUUUAAUCCCCGUCUUGCCGUUGAGACAGUAGGGGACAUUGGAUUGAGCCUCGGUGAAUCAAUCAAGAUGGGAACUGCACUGAAGGUAUCUAUAAACUCCUCUCUAUACCUUGAUGGAUCCAUCAAGGUUGAUCUCCAGCGUCAAGACUAUUCAGUUAAUCUUACCACUCCGCCAGGGAACCGACAGCUGUUUUCAUUCAAGAGCAAGCCGUUUACCUACUCGGAUGUGACAAACUCGAUAUUUGAAGAGACUGGCCAAUCUCAAUUGAGUAUUCGAGAAAUAUCGAGUGUGGCAAAACCAAAUCCAUCUAAGUUCAAAAUAGAUGCUCUUGGAGUAGGAGUUGGUGUUUCAUUCUUCCAUCCAUCAGACAGGCUCUCUCCAUACUGCCUCCUGAGGGGUCCAAUGCAAUUUAACAUCAGUAUCCUAUCGGGAAAGACCAUGCCCGAAGAGAUUCAGCUUCAUCUGCGCAUCAAAGACAAAUAUGAAAUGGUUUUGAAAGAUCCCCAUGGUGAAAGAUAUCAUCAUCAUCAUGACUCUCCAUACAUGUGGAAUUUAGGAACGGCAGAGAGCAGAUGGAUGUCACUUAACCACAUCAAAAAAGUGAUAAAAGACCAUGGUCUUCAUGACAAUUACCACCACGGUCACCACAGUGGAAGCGAUGAACAUCAUGGACUUCUGGGAGAUUAUCAUCAUGGUCACCACAGUGGAAGCGAUGAACACCAUGGUCUUCUAGGAGAUUAUCAUCAUGGCCACCACAGUGGAAGUGAUGAACAUCAUGGUCUUCUGGGAGAUUAUCAUCAUGGCCACCACAGUGGAAGUGAUGAACAUCAUGGUCUUCUGGGAGAUUAUCAUCAUGGUCACCACAGUGGAAGCGAUGAACAUCAUGGUCUUCUGGGAGAUUAUCAUCAUGGCCACCACAGUGGAAGCGAUGAGCAUCAUCAUCAUCACUCUGAAUACAAUGUUACAAAAGUUGAGGAAACACACAACCACACCUACCACGUACAUGUUGAUGGCAACAUUGAAACAAGAACAUAUGAGCACACCCAUCCUGUUUACAAAGUAGACCCAGUUCCUGUAAGAAAAGCAGGAUUAGAUGAACAUCAUGGUCUUCUAGGAGAUUAUCAUCACCAUCACCACAGUGGAAGUGAUGAACAUCAUGGUCUUCUGGGAGAUUAUCAUCAUGGUCACCACAGUGGAAGUGAUGAACAUCAUGGUCUUCUGGGAGAUUAUCAUCACGGUCACCACAGUGGAAGUGAUGAACAUCAUGGUCUUCUGGGAGAUUAUCAUCAUGGUCACCACAGUGGAAGCGAUGAACAUCAUGGACUUCUAGGAGGUCAUCAUGGUCACCACAGUGGAAGUGACGAACAUCAUCAUCAUCACUCCCAAUACAAUAUAACAAAAGUAGAGGAAACUCACAACCACACCUACCACGUACAUGUUGACGGCAACAUUGAAACAAGAACAUAUGAGCACACCCAUCCUGUUUACAAAGUAGACCCAGUUCCCGUGCAAAAAGAAGGAUUAGAUGAACAUCAUGGUCUUCUAGAUUAUCAUCAUGGUCACCACAGUGGAAGCGAUGAACACCAUGGUCUUCUAGGAGAUUAUCAUCAUGGUCACCACAGUGGAAGUGAUGAACAUCAUGGUCUUCUAGGAGAUUAUCAUCAUGGUCACCACAGUGGAAGUAAUGAACAUCAUGGUCUUCUGGGAGAUUAUCACCAUGGUCACCACAGUGGAAGUGAUGAACAUCAUGGUCUUCUAGGAGAUUUUCAUCAUGGCCACCACAGUGGAAGUGAUGAACAUCAUGGUCUUCUAGGAGGUCAUCAUGGUCACCACAGUGGAAGUGAUGAACAUCAUGGACUUCUAGGAGCUUAUCAUCAUGAUCACCACAGUGGAAGUGAUGAACAUCAUGGACUUCUAGGAGGUCAUCAUGGUCACCAUAGUGGAAGUGAUGAACAUCAUGGACUUCUUGGCGGUUACUAUGGUCACCAUAGUGGAAGUGAUGAACAUCAUGGACUUCUUGGCGGUUACUAUGGUCACCACAGUGGAAGUGAUGAACAUCAUGGUCUUCUAGGAGAUUUUCAUCAUGGCCACCACAGUGGAAGUGAUGAACAUCAUGGUCUUCUAGGAGGUCAUCAUGGCCACCACAGUGGAAGUGAUGAACAUCAUGGUCUUCUAGGAGGUCAUCAUGGUCACCACAGUGGAAGUGACGAACAUCAUGGUCUUCUGGGAGCUUAUCAUCAUGAUCACCACAGUGGAAGUGAUGAACAUCAUGGACUUCUAGGAGGUCAUCAUGGUCACCACAGUGGAAGUGACGAACAUCAUCAUCAUCACUCCCAAUACAAUAUAACAAAAGUUGAGGAAACACACAACCACACUUACCACGUACAUGUUGAUGGCAACAUUGAAACAAGAACAUAUGAACACACCCAUCCUGUGUACAAAGUAGACCCAGUUCCUGUCAAACAAGCCUCUGACAUCAAUCAUCAUCACAGCCACGAACAUCAUCACGCAUAUGAUACCUUUAAAGGGUUAUUCCCAGCUGACCUAGCGUCUGUUACAGAAGCAGUCUUGAAUAAAGUCCCUGAUAGACACUCUUGGCGAGAACAUAUCAGAAGUUACAUAUAUUACUGGUUUGGUAGAUCUGAACAAAGUGGAAGCACAAGACCCCCAACGCCAACUCUAGAAGACAGUGUUACCUCAAAUCCUCCAACCAAGGAUAAUGCAUGGCUGCAGAGGGUAGUGGAUAUCGUGAAUGAUAGAUUUGGAUUGUACCAUUUCCAAAACCAUCAAGAUCAUGACAGCCAUGAGCAUGGGCACCACACCCAUCACCAUACAGAUUCCAAUCAUAGUGUUCACCACCAUAGCCAUUACCACAAUCCUCUCACACUGAAGGAAGCUUUUGACCGGGUCUUUGGGAACAUGGAUGCUAGCAAGUACUCCAAGAUCAUCACCAGGAACUUCUUCUUGAAUAUCACAGCUAAAGGUCAGAACUCCAGCAAUGACCGCACAGUCAUGGUGAAGAUCAAUACUGACCUUCAGGGUCGCAGCCACAAGUCUGUCAACAUGCAAGUCUUUCCAGCUGUCCAGUUUCCUACAGAGGUGCAGGACCCUCAGAGACCACUUCCUUACAGUUCUCAUUACCACCAUCACCACAACGACCAUCAUUUUGAAGACCAGAAGCAGGUAUUCUGCUUGCAGUUUGAUGCUGAUAUUUCAUCUUCAAGGUCCGAGGCAUCCAGCCAAGGCCCAGUGCCACUCCACCAUCAUGACUCUCAUGGCCAUGAUUACCAUGAUGUCUUCCACCAUGGUGUCAGGAGUGGGAGACCUGAACUAGAUUCGAAUGACACCACCCCAGACGCUCUCCAUCACCACCACUACCAUAGCCAUAGUGACGAGCACCAUGAUGUGCAUGUCCUUGGAAACCUUCAGCAGGAUCAUCUGCACCACCACAGCCAUAGUGACGAGCAUCAUCAUGGUCAUAUCCAUCCAGCCAUCAAUACGUCAGAUCCCCAUGCCCUCCAUGACUAUCAUCAUCACGAUCACAGUGAUGAACACCACCUUCCACAUGACCUUCAUGACGUGCCAUACCAUCACAGCCAUAGUGACGAACAUCAUGACUAUCAUCACCUCAAUCCAUCCUCUAAUGUCUCCCAUGGUCAUCCACUACCGAUCCUCCAUGGACAUGGACCUGGGGCGCAGAGUGGACCUCAGGCAUUAUUUUCUUUGAAGAUGGGCUGGGGUAGAAGCUGCUCUAUGGACAAACAGGUUCAGUUGAAGGCCCUUUUUGAAAGAAGUAAGAGCCAACAAAGUGCUUUGCAUGCAGAUUCUCCAUCUCCUAAGUCAGCUGCUGACAUGAAGGAGCUUCGAGCCAUGCAUUUCAGCUUUAGUCAUCAACAUCUCCCUUAUGAUGUGCAGGCUGGAAUAUCUAAUGCCAUUGAGAAUUUGAAGCAUGCCAUAUGGAACAAGGCUGAAACAAAGACUUCUGAUGGUACAGACCUACAUGGACAGAUCUUGCUGUCAGCUGUUCUUGACGACUCCUUGGAGAAGGUCAACUUUACCAUGUCUGAACCUCACGACCUGGUGAGAUUCAACAAUGUCAACCUCCCUUUCAAGGUCACCCCAUAUAAUAUCAGGAAACCCUACUUUGAUGCAGUCAUGAGCACGGCAAUGAAGCAGCCUUUCUCUCCCAUAUGUACCCUUUCAACUGAUGGUCAGAUAAGCACAUUUGACAAUGUUAGCUACCCAUAUGCCUGGUCUGAAUGUGAACAUGUGGUGGCUAAGGAUUGCUCUGUACAACAGAGAUUUACAGUACUGGCCAGGAAGCUAGGUGAUAAGAAGGCAAUCACAAUCUUUGCAGGGGAUAACAAGUUAGAGUUGACUCCAUAUGAGCAGUCUGCCCUCAUGAGUAUCGUUAUCAACGAUGAGAUUGCUACGCUUUCCAAACGUUCCCAACUUAUCUUUUAUGAUGAUGGAACAAAUGUUACAGAGGUUUUGGAGGAAGGAAAGGAUCUACGAGUCAAGGCACCACGCCCUCAACUGAUUGAUGCGACAAGGAGAUACCUUGAGUAUGUAGAAGAGAAGGCCAAGCAAGAAGAGGAAACAGCUCCUGCAGAGGAAGGUAGAACUGUCCAUGAGAUCUUGACUGGUCAUUCUGAGGAUGUCCAUACUCCUGACUCUUCCCAGACCGAGAGUCACCAUCACCAUAGUCAUCAUAGCUAUGAUAGAUUCCGUAGUGACGACCUCUACUGGGGAGGUCUGACCCGCUAUGUGGAACUGGCCCUGAACGAUGAGGAACAGGACUUUGAGAGGUUCUACCAGCCCCUCUUGAAUGGAUCCACGGAUGCCCCUCCUCAACCAAAAGAGACCCUUCGUCUUCUCAGGAUGGAGAACAGGUACCUUGUGAUUGCCAAGAAUGAAGGACUUGCUGUGCUCUUCAAUGGCUCCAAUGUUAGAGUUCAGAUUGCUCGUCGCUACCAGGGACUCCAGUGUGGUGUCUGUGGUGACUUCAACGGAGAUCCUAGACCGGAUAUGGAAUUCAUUGGACCAAGUAAACAAGCCUAUUCUAACGGGCCUCAGCUUGCUAGAUCCUAUCAGAUAGAUACACCGGAGUGUGCAGGAGGAGAUAAAUGCGUUCCUACCCUGACAACCGUGACUAAAGAGGACAUCGUUCUUGGAGACUCUGAAUCCUACACCUGCACCUCGUCAGUCCCGCGCUGUGAUGAGAGCACGUGCGAACCAGUCGGAGUCAUCCCUGUUCCCGUCAAGUUCAGUUGUAGCAGAGAAAAGUGCAAGAGUUCAAAGUGCGUCACUUUCACUGAAAAGAUUGAAGGUUCCCUUGAUAUGCACACUGAGUGCAUUCCAAGGUCAUAGGUCAUUCCAGUGAUUGAAGCGUGUAAAAAACUUCAAUAGUAUUCUAAUUUCAAAUAAUAUUCUAAUAGGGCCUUGCCCACUUGAGUUAUUAUAUUACUUUGUAAGUUUUUAAACCCAUUGAAAAAACCCCCCCAAAAAAAUACUAACAUGGAGGUAAAAUGGGUUAACAUCAGCCACAUACAGUAUUUGAAAAUAAAAUCCCAUUGAAAACAAUAUGAUUAUGUGUGUACAAAUUGGAUUUAGAGGCUUUGUCAACCCCCCCCCCCAAAAAAAAAAUAAUUGAAAGAUGGAGGUAAAAUGGGUCAACAUCAGCCACAUACAGUAUUUGAAAAAAAAAUC